UGCACAUGUGCAUAUGUCAUCAGGUGGCUUGAAGUAUUUUUUUAAUUCAAUUUGAUUAUCAUCGAUUAAUAUUGAAUAACUAUUGUACUCAAACAUAAUAUGGCCAAUCAUAAUUUGAAAAACAUUUUGAAUCCAAUAAAAAUCAAAGAAUUAGUUCGAUUUUGGAUUAAUGAAGAUGUACCAAGUUUUGAUAUGCAGGGAUUGGUGGUUGGUGAUACACCAGUUACAGCGAUAAUCUAUUGUAAACAAACAGGAAUAUUAGCUGGAUUUCCAUUUGUUCAAGCAGUUUUCGAAGAACUAGGUGUUGAUCCACCAAAGUUCUUAUAUGAAGAAGGAACUUUUAUCAAUGAAGCUUCACAGCAUAAUAAAAUUAAGAUAGCCUCGGUACAUGGACCUGCUCGAUUGAUUCUUCUUGCCGAACGAACUAUAUUGAAUGUUUUAUCUAGAUGUUCAGGAAUAGCAACCAAAUGCUAUAACAUUGGAGUAAAAUUGAGAGAAAUGUCCUGGAAUGGUCGACUAGCUGCAACACGUAAAACGACGCCCGGUUUUCGGAUGGUAGAAAAAUAUGGAGUAUUAGUUGGACAAGCUGAUACUCAUCGUUAUGAUCUCAGCACAAUGAUCAUGUUGAAAGAUAACCAUGUGAAGAUAUCAGGCCAUGCAAAUAUAGCAACUAUUGUAUCAGAAGUGAAGAAAUGUGCUGGAUUUAGUUGUCGCAUCGAAGUAGAAUGUUCAUCAUAUGACGAUGCUCAUCAGGCUGCUGAAGCCGGUGCCGACAUAAUCAUGUUAGACCAUGUGUCAGCGAAUCAAGGAGCCGAAAUCAGCCGUAAGUUACGCUCGGAGCAUCCAUCGAUAUUGAUCGAAGCAAGUGGUAAUAUUACCGAAACGAAUAUCCUUGAAUAUGCAAGACCAGAAUAUGAUAUUAUAUCAAUGAGUAGUAUAAUUCAAGGCUGUCCUCCUGUGGAUUUUUCCAUGAAAAUUAUCGAGAGUAAUUGAUUUUUUAUAUUACAUAAUUUUUUAUUCAAUUUUUUUCUUAAAUCGUUUAUAGUUACAAAAAAUCAUUCACAAAAAGAAAGUUCACUGUAUAGAAUCUCUGUUCAACAACUUCGGAAAUUGAAUGUAUAUGUGAGUGUAAAUGUA